GAGGGAUGAAAGAGGGAGAGAGAGGGAUGAGAGAAGGAGGAGCAACAACAUAGGAGAUGUGCCUCAGAUUAUCAACCAGUGUCAGAUGCUCUAGAGACAGAUAAAGAGGAGGAGUGGACAAGAGCGUGACAGGAGGAGAGACAGAGAGAACGAGGACGUCUCUGUGCAUGCAAGCUGGGCUGCAAAGAUGACCGACACGAAAAGCGUAUCAUCCGUGGAAGUGCCAGAGGGGAAGUUAAUGAAGAAGGGAUCCAUCAAGAAGAAGAUUGAGUCCCUGAGGCGAUGGAGUUCAGCUAGUAUAAAGAGGCCUCCAAAGCCUAAGGCCAAGACCUUGAGUCUGUCUUCCCCUGUGGGAGACCCCGAAGACCUCUGGCUGCAGGAGGGAUGCAGGAGAAAGCUGCGACCCAUUGUCGACUCAGUCUUCGGACAGGGGGAGUCGUCCGUAGAACGAAGCGGCGCCCCAUUAUCUGCCACCAUGCUCGGGGGCCUGGGUGGUGCAGGUGAGGUGGACACGGAUGACGAGGAGGAAGGAGGGAGCGAGCGGGAGUUCGAUGAGCCCCUGUGCGCGCUGGUUCAGAACUGCAACAUGCUGCACAACUUAGUGGGGCCUGCUUGUAUCUUCCUCAGACAGGGCUUCGCACAGAGCCAGCUUGACAGAGAUCUACGACCAGAGGAAAUGGAAGAGCUUCGUGAGGCAUUCAGGGAGUUUGACAAGGACAAGGAUGGUUUCAUCAGCUGUAAGGACCUGGGCGAGUGCAUGAGGACUAUGGGAUACAUGCCGACAGAGAUGGAACUGAUAGAACUCAGCCAGCAGAUCUGUGGCGGCAGAGUGGAUUUCGAGGACUUUGUGGAACUGAUGGGUCCCAAAAUGCUCGCUGAGACUGCAGACAUGAUUGGUGUCAAGGAGCUGAGGGACGCCUUUAAAGAGUUUGACUCUGAUGGCGAUGGUCAGAUCAGCCUUGGGGAACUGAGGGAAGCCAUGAAGAAACUAAUGGGGGAGCAGCUCAACCACCGCGAGAUCGAUGAGAUCCUGCGAGAUGUAGACCUCAAUGGGGAUGGACAGGUGGACUUUGAAGAAUUUGUGCGAAUGAUGUCUCGCUGACCUCACUCUAUUGCACUAAACGCAACAUGGGCCAGACUACACACUGUUAAUGUUCAUGUAAUUCUUCUUGAUGUACAAAGACUUCUUGGUGUCUGUAAUUUUUUUCAGUUUCACUUCCAUCAUGUCUCAAAUAACCCCUUUAAUGUGUUACUGUUGUAUGAAUAUAAUAUGUAUUUAACGUGAUGGGAGAUGGUAGACUGUUAAAAUAUAUAGUAGUUAAUCAAAUGAGUAACAUGGGUCAGUUCACACAAAUUAGAAAAAAAAAACAUUUUCUCAAACACAAUUAGUAUCUCUUAGGCUUAGGGUUAUCCCUAAACCCUAGUUUAGGGGUUUAGUUGCCUCGUCAUUUAAGAUUUCUGAGAUUGUUUUUUUCAGUAAUUUAGGUGAACUGACACUAACAUGCAGUUUACUAAGUUACCUCACCUGAUAAGAAGUUAGGUGUAUGAAUAUGAGUAUGAGGAAUUAUUGUCACAAUUUCAAUAAUGCCACAUAUUAAAUCUUCAUAUGACUGUGUGUUUUUAUUGUAGAGUUGAUAGCAAAAGUCAGUGCUUUGUUAAUGAUAGAGCAAGUACAUGAGAUUAUAUAUACAUCUUUUUUCUACAAACUGCCACAUAAAUUCAUAUACAUAUCAAUUACUUUUAGAAUUAUCUUCAGCAUAUGCACUUUUGAUAUAAUUCAACCAAUGCAGGCAAAUAAAAUUAUUGCAGAUACUGUAAUUUUUAACGUCAUAUCUUUUUGAUAAAUAUUUGAUAACACAAACAUGAUGAUUUUUGUUGUUUAGGGUCCAUACCUCUGUUUCCCUAUUCAGGUGGAAAUUAAAAGACAGACUGUCUAAAAAUACAUGUUCAUUUUAUGCAAUCGUAUAUGUUUAAUGUUUUAUUUGUACAGUGUUCAACAGGUCUGAUCUUUUAAAAAAUGCAUUGUAAAUAAAAAAGUGAAUAAGGGUGACAAUAAACUAGUUUUUAUUGA